GGGGAUCUGAGGGAACGGGUGUGCUGUACAUAAACAUCUGCAGUUCUCUUGGAGCAAGAGUUUAUUUCUCAGUGUGGUCUGUCCCAAUGGGAGAUGAAAAGGAUAACUGGAAAGUAAAAACUCUUGAAGAAAUUUUGCAGGAAAAGAAACGACGAAAAGAGCAGGAGGAAAAGGGUGAUGUGAAACGUCCAAAAAAUUUGGAUGACAGGGAUUCUAAGCGGGACUCACUGGAGGAAGGAGAGCUUCAGGAACACAAAGACAAGAUGGAGAUAACUAUACGCAAUUCACCACACCGACGAGAAGGAUCUAUAGAUGAUCGAGGUGAGGAGGAUGAUUCUUUGGCAAUAAAACCUCCUCAACAAACCUCUAAAAAAGAAAAAUCACAUCACAGAAAAGAGGAACGGAGAAAGGAAAAGCGAAGACAUCGAAGCAGAUCAGCUGAAGUCUUCAGAACUGAAUCAUGGGAAACGAAGACUGUUACGAAGAAACUCAAAGAAUUUAAUGUCUACAGGGCACUUAAGGCAGAUGAGAUGAACUUUAAAAUCUUCAAGGAAAUGAGCCAAGAAAUGGGAAAACACAUCAGAGGGAAGGAGAAAGAUAAGGAAAAGGAGAGGGAGCAUGAGCGAAGGAAACGACAGCGAGAAGAGCAAGAUAAGGCGCGUAGAGAACGGGAAAGGCAGAAACGGAGAGAACUUGCCAGAGAACAUUCCAGAAGAGAAAGGGACCGUCUUGAGCAACUUGAGCGUCAGAGGGAACGAGAGAGGAGAAUGAGGGAGAGAGAGCAACUGCAGAAAGAACAGUGGGAACAGAAGGAACGAGAAAGGCACAAGGGACGAGAUAUCAGGAGAGAAGUAAUGAUACAGCAGAGAAUAGCAAUUAAUGACUACCAUGAAAAAAUAAAGUCUCAUCAUAGAAGUCAUAGCCCAAUGUGGCGUCACACAGAGAGGAUUGAACUUGGAGGUGGAAGAAAAAUUGUAAAGGAAGAGAGGCAUGAAGAAAAAGAUCCACUGUCUGAUUUACAGGACAUAAGUGACAGUGAAAGAAAGACAACAUCUGGUGAAUCUUCCUCAGGGUCUGCAACUGCCUCUGAGGAAGAAGAGAGCAGCAGUGAGGGAUCUGAAGAGUCUCCUAGUCUGUCUGAGGUUGAAUCUGAACAGUCUCCUGGAGAAAUUAGUGAAGAGGAGGAGCCCAGUGAUGAAGAAAGGCAGAAUGGAAAUCACAUCCAAAUUGUUACAGAAUCAAAAUUUGAUCAUGAUUCAGAAGAGAGUGUGGAAGAGGAAGAGGAGGAGAUGGAGGAGGAGGAGAGUCCAGUCUCAAAUACUCCCACUGAAGGGGAAUAUGUUCCUGAUUCUCCACCUGUUUCACCGGUUGAACUGAAGAAAGAAUUGCCACAGUACUUGCCUGCUCUUCAGGGUUGCCGCAGCGUGGAAGAAUUUCAGUGUCUUAAUAGAAUCGAAGAAGGAACUUAUGGUGUGGUUUAUAGAGCUAAAGACAAAAAGACAGAUGAGAUAGUGGCUUUGAAACGAUUAAAAAUGGAAAAGGAGAAGGAAGGAUUUCCAAUUACAUCUCUUCGGGAAAUCAACACAAUUUUGAAAGCACAGCACCCAAACAUUGUGACAGUUCGAGAAAUUGUAGUGGGAAGCAACAUGGAUAAGAUAUACAUUGUUAUGAAUUAUGUUGAACAUGACCUCAAGAGCUUAAUGGAAACCAUGAAGCAACCUUUCUUACCAGGUGAAGUUAAAACACUGAUGAUACAACUUCUAAAAGGUGUUCGACAUCUUCAUGAUAACUGGAUCUUACAUCGGGACCUAAAGACAUCUAAUCUAUUACUGAGUCAUUCAGGAAUCCUCAAGAUUGGUGACUUUGGACUUGCUCGAGAAUAUGGCUCCCCAUUGAAACCUUACACACCAGUAGUAGUAACUCUCUGGUAUCGAACCCCUGAGCUGCUACUUGGAGCAAAGGUUAGUGAUCUAAGGCCGGGAAUGGGGUGGGUAAUUAUUUCACAAACAGAGAAGAACUCUUUCCAAUAG